AUGGAUCUGUACUUUGGGGAGCAGGCUGCUGUUGUUUCAGCUACCUGGUUCCGCAAAGGAACCAGGUUUCUUCCGUUUAUCCCAGAUGAAGGACAGCUUUUGCCACCCAACUGUUUCAACGAAGUUUCAACCCUUAAAAAAGCCAAGUUUGACGGGGCCCAAGAGAAGUUCAACACCUACGUGACGCUGAAGGUGCAGAAUGUCAAGAGCACGACCAUCGCAGUGCGGGGGAACCUGCCCUGCUGGGAGCAGGACUUCAUGUUUGAGAUUAACCGGCUGGACCUGGGGCUGACGGUGGAGGUGUGGAACAAGGGGCUGAUCUGGGACACCAUGGUGGGGACGGUGUGGAUCCCCCUGCAGACCAUCCGGCAGUCCAACGAGGAGGGCCCUGGGGAAUGGCUCACCCUCGACUCCCAGGUCAUCAUGACUGACAACGAGAUCUCUGGCACCAAGGACCCCACCUUCCACCGCAUCCUGCUGGACACCCGCUUCGAGUUACCGCUCGACAUCCCCGAGGAGGAGGCCAGGUACUGGGCGAAGAAGCUGGAGCAGCUGAAUGCUAUGAAGGAUCAGGAUGAUUACGAGUUCCAGGAGGAGCAGGACAAACCGCUCCCCGUGCCCGGCUCCCAGUGCUGCAACUGGAAUUAUUUUGGCUGGGGAGAGCAGCAGAAUGACGACCCCGACAGCACCAUGGACGACCGGGACAGCGAUUACCGAAGCGAGACCAGUAAUAGCAUCCCGCCUCCGUACUACACCACGUCCCAGCCCAACGCCUCGGUCCACCAGUAUCCCAUGAGGCACCAGCAGCAGAGCUCCCGCGACUCGUACACGGACUCCGUGCAGAGCUACGAGAUGGACUACUCGGAUCAGCGGCCCAUCAGACGCUACGAUAGCGUCGAUUCUGCCACAAACGGGCGCAGCGACGCUGAGUCCGCCUCCGAGUCGAGCAGGCGGACCAGCCGCCAGUUUUCCCUUGAGAGCAGGCGGUCCCUAGACCUAUCGGAUAGCCCCACCGGGAGCAGCCGCUACGCCUCGUCCGGGGAGCUGAGCCAGGGCAGCUCCCAGCUGAGCGACGACUUCGACCCCGACAACGAGAGCCUGCGGGGCUCGGAGCUGGACGAGCGGGACGGGGACUCCUACCACUCCUGCCACAGCUCCGUCAGCUACCACGACGACUCGCCCCGCUGGGAGGAGGACUUCUACCCCGAGGAGGAGGACGAGGACUACAGCGAGAACGAGCAGGACUACCCCAAGGUGGAGGCCGAGGUGCCGCGGGACCAGGAGGCGGACGAGGCCAAGCCCCCGGAGCGCGAGCCCUACCCACAGCCGCCGGCGAAGCAACAAGUGCCCCUGCCGCAGGUGCCAGCACUGAAGCAGCAGCAGGAGAGGAAGGAAGAGAAGGCAGCGUAUGUCCCGGAGGAAACUCCGGAGAUCCCCCAGGAAAAGCCAGCAGCAGAGGAGCCCCCAGUCCCAGAGAGAGUGCCGGAGCCCCAAAAGCCAGCGGAGGGAGAGCGGGAGGAGGUGCAAGUCCAGGACGCCAAGACCCGAGCCAAGGCCAACUGGCUAAGAGCAUUCAACAAGGUUUGCAUGCAGCUGCAAGAGGCCCGGGGAGAAGGAUCUGGCGAGGCGAAGUCGCUGUGGUUUAAAGGCGGGCCUGGCGGCGGUCUGAUCAUUAUUGACAGCAUGCCCGACAUACGAAAGAGAAAGCCAAUCCCCCUAGUUAGCGAUUUGGCUAUGUCGCUGGUCCAGUCCAGGAAAGCCGGAAUCACGUCAGCACUAGCAUCAAGCACCUUAAACAACGAAGAGCUAAAAAACCAUGUUUACAAAAAGACCCUUCAAGCCUUAAUCUACCCCAUCUCCUCCACGACCCCCCACAACUUCGAGGUGUGGACCGCCACCACCCCCACGUACUGCUACGAGUGCGAGGGGCUGCUGUGGGGCAUCGCCCGGCAGGGCAUGCGCUGUACGGAGUGUGGGGUGAAGUGCCAUGAGAAGUGCCAAGACCUGCUGAACGCAGACUGCCUACAGAGAGCGGCCGAGAAGAGCUCCAAGCACGGGGCGGAGGACCGGACCCAGAACAUCAUCAUGGUGCUGAAGGACCGCAUGAAGAUCCGGGAGCGGAACAAGCCCGAGAUCUUCGAGCUGAUCCAAGAGAUCUUCGCCGUCUCGAAAGCCACCCACACCCAGCAGAUGAAGGCCGUGAAGCAGAGCGUGCUGGAUGGCACCUCCAAGUGGUCAGCCAAGAUCAGCAUCACAGUUGUCUGUGCCCAGGGCCUGCAGGCAAAGGAUAAGACAGGCUCCAGUGACCCGUAUGUUACUGUCCAGGUUGGAAAGACGAAAAAAAGGACUAAAACGAUCUAUGGAAAUCUAAACCCGGUCUGGGAGGAGAAUUUCCAUUUCGAAUGCCAUAACUCCUCCGAUCGGAUCAAGGUGCGGGUCUGGGACGAGGACGACGAUAUCAAGUCCCGCGUCAAGCAGCGCUUUAAGAGAGAAUCCGACGACUUUCUGGGCCAGACGAUCAUAGAGGUCCGGACACUGAGCGGGGAGAUGGAUGUCUGGUACAACCUAGACAAGCGGACGGACAAGUCGGCCGUGUCCGGAGCCAUCCGGCUGCACAUCAGCGUGGAGAUCAAGGGAGAGGAGAAGGUGGCACCGUACCACGUGCAAUACACCUGCCUGCACGAGAACCUCUUCCACUUCGUGACGGACAUACAGAACAACGGGGUGGUGAAGAUCCCCGAGGCCAAGGGGGACGACGCCUGGAAGGUGUACUUCGACGAGACGGCCCAGGAGAUAGUGGACGAGUUCGCCAUGAGAUACGGGGUGGAGUCCAUCUACCAGGCCAUGACUCACUUUGCCUGCCUGUCCUCCAAAUACAUGUGUCCCGGAGUGCCGGCCGUGAUGAGCACCCUUCUCGCCAACAUCAACGCAUACUAUGCCCACACCACUGCCUCCACCAACGUGUCUGCCUCAGACCGCUUUGCUGCUUCCAAUUUUGGGAAAGAACGUUUCGUCAAGCUGCUGGACCAGCUGCACAACUCGCUCCGGAUUGACCUGUCCAUGUACCGGAACAACUUCCCUGCCAGCAGCCCGGAGAGGCUGCAGGAUCUCAAGUCGACGGUGGAUCUGUUAACUAGCAUCACCUUCUUCCGAAUGAAGGUGCAGGAGCUGCAGAGCCCGCCCCGGGCCAGCCAGGUGGUGAAGGACUGCGUGAAAGCCUGCCUCAACUCCACCUACGAGUACAUCUUCAACAACUGUCACGAGCUGUACAGCCGCGAGUACCAGACCGACCCGACAAAGAAAGGCGAGGUCCCCCCCGAGGAGCAGGGGCCCAGCAUCAAGAACCUGGAUUUCUGGUCCAAACUCAUCACGCUGAUUGUUUCGAUUAUUGAAGAGGAUAAGAACUCCUAUACGCCCUGCCUGAACCAGUUCCCCCAGGAGCUGAACGUGGGUAAGAUCAGCGCCGAGGUGAUGUGGAACCUCUUUGCUCAGGACAUGAAAUAUGCAAUGGAAGAGCAUGACAAGCAUCGCCUGUGUAAAAGUGCUGACUACAUGAACCUGCACUUCAAAGUGAAAUGGCUUUAUAACGAGUAUGUGACCGAGCUCCCUGCCUUCAAGAGCCGUGUCCCCGAAUACCCCGCCUGGUUUGAGCCUUUUGUUAUCCAGUGGCUGGAUGAAAACGAGGAGGUGUCCCGGGAUUUCCUGCAUGGAGCGCUGGAGCGGGACAAGAAGGACGGGUUCCAGCAAACCUCUGAGCACGCUCUCUUCUCCUGCUCCGUGGUGGAUGUCUUCUCCCAGCUGAACCAGAGCUUUGAGAUCAUCAAGAAGCUGGAGUGCCCCGACCCGCAGAUCGUCGGGCACUACAUGCGGAGGUUUGCCAAGACCAUCAGCAACGUGCUGCUGCAGUACGCCGAGAUCAUCUCCAAGGAUUUCGCUUUGUACUGCUCCAAGGAGAAGGAGAAAGUGCCCUGUAUCCUGAUGAACAACAUCCAGCAGCUCCGUGUCCAGUUGGAGAAGAUGUUUGAAGCCAUGGGGGGGAAGGAGCUGGACGCCGAGGCCAGCGACAUCCUGAAGGAGCUGCAGGUGAAACUCAACAACGUCCUGGAUGAGCUCAGCAGAGUUUUUGCCACCAGUUUCCAACCGCACAUUGAGGACUGCGUGAAGCAGAUGGGCGACAUCCUGAGCCAGGUGAAGGGCACCGGGAACGUCCCCGCCAGCGCCUGCAGCAGCGUCGCUCAGGACGCCGACAACGUCCUUCAGCCCAUCAUGGACCUUCUGGACAGCAACCUGACUCUCUUCGCCAAGAUCUGCGAGAAGACGGUGCUGAAGCGGGUGCUGAAGGAGCUCUGGAAGCUGGUUAUGAACACCAUGGAGAAGACCAUCGUCCUCCCGCCGCUCACCGACCAGACGAUGAUUGGGACGCUCUUGAGAAAACAUGGCAAGGGGACAGAGAAGAGCAGGGUGAAGCUGCCCAGUCACACGGAUGGCACCCAGAUGAUCUUCAAUGCGGCCAAGGAGCUGGGGCAGCUGUCCAAACUGAAGGACCACAUGGUGCGUGAGGAGGCCAAGAGCCUGACCCCCAAGCAGUGCGCCGUGGUGGAGCUGGCCCUGGACACCAUCAAGCAAUAUUUCCAUGCGGGAGGAGUGGGGCUGAAGAAAACCUUCCUGGAGAAGAGCCCCGACCUGCAGUCGCUGCGUUACGCCCUGUCUCUGUACACGCAGGCCACCGACCUGCUCAUCAAAACCUUCGUGCAGACCCAGUCGUCUCAGGUCCAUGGUGGAAAAGGUAUUAGGUUUACCCUUAGUGAAGAAAUUUAUCCUGAGAAGGGAGCUGGCGUGGAUGACCCGGUCGGGGAGGUGUCGAUCCACGUGGAGCUCUUCACUCACCCUGGCACCGGGGAACACAAAGUCACUGUCAAAGUCGUAGCUGCUAAUGACCUCAAGUGGCAGACGUCCGGCAUCUUCCGGCCCUUCAUCGAGGUCAACAUCAUCGGGCCCCAUCUCAGCGACAAGAAGAGGAAAUUUGCCACCAAGUCCAAGAACAACAGCUGGGCCCCCAAAUACAAUGAAAGCUUCCAGUUCACCCUGAGCAGUGAGACGGGCCCCGAGUGCUACGAGGUGCAGGUGUGCGUCAAGGACUACUGCUUCGCCCGGGAGGACCGCACGGUGGGCAUCGCUGUGCUACAGCUCAAGGACAUCGUGCAUCGGGGCAGCUGCGCCUGCUGGCUGCCCCUGGGCCGGCGCAUCCACAUGGACGACACGGGCCUCACCGUCCUGCGCAUCCUCUCGCAGCGCAACAACGACGAGGUGGCCAAGGAGUUCGUCAAGCUCAAGUCGGACACGCGCUCGGCCGAGGAAGGCAGCAGUUAA